CCCAAAACACCUCCGCGAUUCAUCCUCACUACUCCAGCAAUUAUCUUUAUCGUCACAUGAGUGAGAAAGCACACGGUGUGCACUUCAUUUAAGUCUGGGAGGGAGCUAGCAGCUUCACACGCUCACGCUCACGAUGCCACCUACCUUCAGAUCUUCCCGCUCAGGGCGCCAAUUCGCCGACGCCGCCAACCGCAACCGAACCGGCCAGAUCGAUCACGACGUGUUUGAAGGACUCCCUGUACGACGAUGGACGCGCCAGACCCAAACCGUAUCGCAAGAACCCAAGGUUGACAUCCCAGAUCCCAAUGAUUUCCAAGGCUUAGGAGGGAAACCCACCAUCCCCGAGCACCCAAUGCCCCGAGAUAGUCACUUGUUGACCCCGAUGAGCCGAGCACUCCUGCGCGCCGCCCGCGCUGGCUGCAUUUACAUUCGGCAGGCGCCCAAGGAAGCUGAUGAGGAGGAGAAGGAGGCGACAGACGGUGAAGAGCAACAACAACCCCUGGUUCAGAGCACCGAACGCAGCUUC